AUGGCAAAGCUGGCGGUUAUUAUAUGUGCGGUUGUGCUGAUGUCGGGCGUUGAGCGGCGUGUUGAAGCCACCGUUGUGAGGUUGUUGACAGAUUUUAUCCAAAACAAUGUUGCCGGAAUCCCGUUGAUUCAUAAAACGGAAGAAUAUGACUUCGAUCCAGAGAUUAGCAAGAAGCGGCGGGAGCUUUACUACGAGUUACAUGGCUACCGAGGGGAGAAGAUAAUCGAACGAUUGGGUCUUGGAAUCGAUGGCAAGCACCAUGAGCGAUCGGCAUACCAGCGCCAGCGUGAUGAUGGACAUUUACAAGGUCUUAACUAUCUGCAACCAUAG